GUCCAGCGGGGCCGCCGCCACACCGUCCGGUCCGCGCCCGCAUGGGCCUGGCGGAGCCAUGGCCGCCCUGUACCAGAGCGCGGACCCGUCCGCCUCGGCCUCGCCCAACAAGCUGCUGGCGCUGAAGGAUGUGCGGCAGGURAAGGAGGAGACAACGCUGGACGAGAAGCUUUUCCUGCUGGCCUGCGACAAAGGUGACUAUUAUAUGGUUAAGAAACUCUUAGAGGAAAACAGCUCAGGUGAAAUGAACAUAAAUUGUGUGGAYGUGCUUGGACGAAAUGCUGUUACCAUAACUAUUGAAAAUGAAAACUUGGACAUACUACAGCUGCUUUUGGAUUAUGGCUGCCAGUCCUCAGAUGCACUUUUGGUGGCUAUUGACUCCGAAGUGGUGGGAGCUGUUGACAUUCUCCUUAAUCACAGGCCAAAAAGAUCCUCCAGACCAACCAUUGUGAAAUUAAUGGAACGCAUUCAGAACCCAGAGUACUCAACAACCAUGGAUGUGGCACCAGUAAUUUUAGCUGCUCAUCGUAACAACUAUGAAAUUCUCACCAUGCUGUUGAAGCAAGACAUAUCAUUACCCAAACCUCAUGCUGUGGGCUGUGAGUGCACACUGUGCACUGCCAAGAACAAAAAAGACAGCCUGCGACAUUCCAGGUUUCGUCUUGACAUUUAUCGGUGUUUGGCCAGUCCUGCCUUAAUAAUGUUGACRGAGGAGGAUCCAAUCCUACGAGCUUUUGAACUUAGUGCAGACUUGAAGGAAUUAAGCCUUGUUGAGGUUGAGUUCAGAAAUGAUUAUGAGGAGCUGGCUCAACAGUGCAAAACCUUUGCUAAAGAUUUGCUUGCACAAGCACGGAAUUCUCGGGAGCUGGAAGUGAUUCUGAAUCACACCUCCAGUGAUGAACACGUAGACAAGCGAGGAUURUUGGAAGAGAGGAUGAACUUAAGCCGCUUAAAACUUGCAAUCAAGUAUAAUCAAAAAGAGUUUGUUGCCCAGUCCAACUGCCAGCAGUUUCUCAACACGGUGUGGUUCGGGCAGAUGGCCGGCUAUCGGCGCAAGCACACCUGCAAGAAGAUCCUGACUGUUCUGAUGGUUGGCAUUUUCUGGCCAGUUCUGUCCCUGUGUUAUUUGUUAGCUCCUAAAUCUCGAGUAGGUCGAAUAAUUCAUACUCCUUUUAUGAAGUUUAUUAUUCACGGAGCUUCAUAUUUCACAUUUCUGUUAUUGCUUAAUUUGUACUCCCUUGUCUACAAUGAGAAUAAGAAGAAUACAAUGGGACCAGCCCUUGAGAGAAUAGACUAUCUUCUGAUAAUAUGGCUUAUUGGAAUGGUGUGGUCAGAUGUUAAGAGGCUCUGGUAUGAUGGUUUAGAAGAUUUUUUAGAAGAAUCCCGUAAUCAGCUUAGUUUUGUCAUGAAUUCCCUGUAUUUGGCAACUUUUGCCCUCAAAGUUGUUGCUCAUAACAAGUUUCAUGAUUAUGCUGAAAGGAAGGACUGGGAUGCAUUCCAUCCUACCCUAGUGGCAGAAGGCCUUUUUGCCUUUGCUAACGUUCUUAGUUACCUGCGUCUCUUCUUCAUGUAUACAACCAGCUCCAUUCUGGGACCACUCCAGAUUUCAAUGGGGCAGAUGCUACAGGAUUUUGGAAAAUUUCUGGGCAUGUUUCUUCUUGUCUUGUUCUCAUUCACAAUUGGAUUGACACAACUUUAUGAUAAAGGAUUUACUGUAAAUGAAGAAAAGGACUGUGCGGGCAUUUUCUGUGAACAACAGAGCAAUGACACAUUCCAUUCGUUUAUUGGUACAUGCUUUGCUCUGUUCUGGUACAUAUUCUCCCUGGCACAUGUAGCAAUCUUYGUGACACGUUUUAGCUACGGUGAAGAAUUACAGUCUUUUGURGGAGCUGUUAUUGUUGGGACCUAYAAUGUGGUGGUUGUGAUAGUAUUAACUAAACUCCUUGUGGCAAUGCUUCACAAAAGUUUUCAGCUGAUAGCAAAUCAUGAAGAUAAGGAGUGGAAGUUUGCUCGUGCCAAGCUUUGGCUUAGCUACUUCGAUGACAAAUGCACGCUCCCCCCACCUUUCAAUGUUAUACCCUCUCCCAAAACCAUCUGUUACCUUUUCAACAGUCUCAGUAAAUGGAUUUGCUCUCAUACAUCAAGUGGCAAAGUGAAACGUCAGAACAGCCUAAAGGAAUGGAGAAAUCUGAAGCAGAAGAGAGAUGAGAAUUACCAAAAGGUGAUGUGUUGCUUAGUCCACCGUUACUUGACUUCCAUGAGACAGAAGAUGCAAAGUACAGAUCAGGCCACUGUGGAAAACCUCAAUGAACUGCGGCAGGACUUGUCAAAAUUCCGGAACGAAAUGAGAGACCUGCUUGGCUUUCGAACUUCUAAAUAUGCUAUGUUUUAUCCAAGAAACUAAGGCCUAACUUUUAAACAAAAGGUGUGUGGUUUUAGAUAUCCAUAGGUGAAAGUGUUGACUUACUUCUUUUGCCAGAUCAUAUAGACAAGGAGAUUAUUG